UUUCCUAACACCUGGCACCUCCGACGAAAAAUAUUGAUGAAAUUUGCGAAUUAUUUCUGGAUUUUGACCUCAAGAGACAAAGUUUAGAUACGAAUUCUUUUAAUUUACUGGCGAUAUUUGUGGCGAUAUUACAUAACGUUUGAGAGAUUAUUGUGCAAGGACUUGUUUACGUUCUGAACUGUGGGAUUAUAUUCAUAUUUCGGCGAUUUGUGGCGAUAUAUUUCAUAUCUGUGAGCGAUAUAUUUUCUGUGUAAACUUGUGUACUGCGAAGGGUGUUACGGCAACCCGCGAGUUUAGCCUGCGACCAGGCUAGAGUGUGCGAAGUUCCGCCUGCGAGAUUCGGCCCUAGAGGGGCCCUCUAGAGGUACAGUGAUUUUCAAACAUUUGUGAUUUUUUGGAGUGAUUAGUAAAAUUUGGCAGCUGUUCCCAAAUUUUAGUUGGCUGGAAGGACAUUCUACAAGUGCUAUAUCUUAUUGGCAAAUUCUAUAUACUUUAUAAUCAUACAACUUCAAAUCUAUUGAUACUAUGGCAACUGGGAACAGUGUAAUUGAGAAUAAGUUAGUACAGCUUAAGCUUAUAGUUGGGCGAACCAGAAAGAUUCUGGAAUCCGGAAAUCAAGAAGCAGUUGAGCGACAACAACGAGCUUUGCGAACCAUUGUUGCUGACAUAGACAAAUGUAAAGUGGAAGAAGAAGCAAGAAUGAUUGACGAGAAAAAGGAGUUGACAGAAAUCAGUGAAUGGAAUUCAAACAUCGAGGAAAAGUUAUCUGAAGCAGACAAGGACAUUCAUGACCUGAGAGAAUGGUGUGAAAGUAAGAAACGAGAAUGCGAGGAAAACCAGCGGAAGCAAGAAUUAGAUUUUGAACAUGAAUUAUUUCAGACACGCCUAAAAUUCCAGAAUGAGCUACAGGCAGCUAAACUAAAGCAAGAAUCAGCAAGUGUUGAAAAGAAAGAGUCACAAGCAAAGUUACCUAAACUCAUCAUUACUAAAUUUAAUGGUGCCUACCAAGACUGGCCUCGAUUCUGGGAACAAUUCCGAGAGACGGUGGACAAAACAAGUAUUGAUGCUGUCAUUAAAUUCACAUAUUUACAAGAGUUGUUGGAACCUAAAAUCAGGAAAUCUGUGGAAUCACUACCCUUUACAAGUGAAGGUUAUAAUAGAGCAAAGAGUAUCCUUCAAGACAGAUAUGGGAAACAAUCAGAAAUAAUAAAGGCUUAUACCAAGCAGAUUUUCGAUUUGCCCAAAAUUCCGGAUGGUAAUGUGAAGCGAAUUCAUGAGUUCUCGGAUAAAUUAUCAUAUGCGGUGCAGUCUUUGGAAACACUUGGCAAACUUUUUCAAGUCAAUGGGUAUGUAUCGAUGACACUAGACAAACUACCUGGAAUACGUGGCGACCUUGUUCGAACAGAUGAUGCUUGGGAAUCCUGGGACUUUGUAAAACUGUCUGAUGCGGUGAGACUCUGGACUCGGCGAAACCCAGUUGAGAAGCUUCCUUCAGGAAAACUGCUUAAUGUCCGACGUCAAGAUUUUACUCCCAAGGGGUGUGUCUAUUGUACUGAGAAAUCACACAAAUCAGCAGAGUGCCCAAAAGUAUCAUCUGUGUCUGAAAGACGGUUGAUUCUUACCAAACAACAUCUGUGAAGUGAAGUGAAGUGAAAGGCUUUAUUUACUGAGGGUAACACGUGACAGUUAGAAACUGAUAAACUUGUGGCCCUCAAAAUUUACAAAAUUUAAGAUAUUAGAACACAUGUACAGUCGCUAUUUAAAGUUAAAAUUAUUAAAACACGACCCUAACGCUGCAACCUAUUUGCACAUUUUUGAUCAUCUAAAAACUGUUUAUAAAUACUACGCCUAAAGCUAAAAGCAGAAUGUAUACUUCUAACGUUCAAAGCUAAUUUGUUCCAGUCUAUAAUUGUUCUUACAGUGAAGGUUCUGCCUCCUUCUGUUUUACGAUUGUAAAUUGGGCAUAGCAUAUUCAAAUUCGAAUAACGUGUAUUCCUACUAUGCCUGUCUGAAUUUCGCGCUAAAAGUGAAUUUAGAUAGCUAGGAGUAUUAUAAGCACUAUUUACACGCUUAUACGCUAACAUUAUUCUCUUGAUCAAAGACUCCUUCGUAAAAGGAAGCCAAUUUAAAGUGUUAAUGUCUUAUAACUGCACUGGUUCAUCACACCGUGCGAAUGAUUGCCCAAGUCAGUCUAAAUGUCAAAAAUGUGGGCGGCGUCACCACACCUCAAUUUGUGAUAAUGAUUCCAAGAGUGGAGUGAAGGGGAAGAAAUUGCUAAUUUCAUGUGAGGUGA